AUGAAGAGCAUGAAGAGCGGACUGCUUCUCAUCUCAGCCCUGGCUCCUGCCAGUCUGGCAGCUACCAUCGCCCUUCCAGCUGCCAGUGCUGCUGCUGAAUCUCUUGCCACCAUUACCUCGACUUAUCCCACCGUCGUGACCAGUGUCAUCGCCAGCACUUCCGCAGUAGUGACCACCAACGUCGUCUGUGCCACGGGAACCGCCUCUCUCGGAUCCGGUAACUCGUGCUCGGACUAUGCUUGGUCAUCGGCCGGCUAUUAUUAUCGUGAAAUGUGCGACGGUUCUUCGAUUAGUGGUGCAACUACCAGAGCUGCUAUGAAUGUCUAUUCACGCCAAGCCAACAUCAAUGGCUGCGAAGUAUAUUGUCGCAUCUUCAACGGAAUGUGUAAUGCUGUCAACUACUAUCCGGCUUUGUCCAGUUGCCAGUAUCUGUGGGCUACGGGCGCUUCGGUGGUGUCUGCCUCGGGCUACCAGGCGAUCAGUAGUUAUCCCACCAACCCAUGCACCGAGACGGGCACUACCGUCGAGACCGACUACUUGACUGACUCCUUCGGGGCCUCCAGAUCAAGCGCAGCUGCCUCCUCCCUCUUCUCUCAGCAGCUCAGCUCCCUCACACCCUUGAUUCAGUCGAGCUCCACCCCCAUCGUCCAGCAGCCAUCAACUGCUUCCUCUCCGCCGGUGCGCGUCUCGUCCUCUGUUCCCCCCGUGCAGUCCUCUGCCAGUGCCGCCUCCCUGCCCCCAUCCUCCAGAUCCGCUCAGCCCUCAUUGAUCCCCUCCGCCGGGUCUAGCUCGGCCGUGACGGUGACCUCUGCUCCCCACACGACUGAGCCUCCAGUCCCGGGGGAGGUUGACGAUGACGUGGUGACUUCGACCGUUCAGGCGACAGUUACGGUGACGGUUCUUGGCUCUUGCGCGAUUGAGUGA